AUAUCACUGAUUUGGUGAAAGUUUCUGUAAGGAGAUGUUUAUUUAUGGAUCAAAAUUUUGUAGAGGCUGACCAUGUGCAUUCUUCUAAUGGCUACUUCCAGCAUGAUAAUGCACCAUGUCACAAAGUAAAUAUAUGUCUCAACCUGGUUUCAUGAGCAUGAACAUGAACAUGAGUUCAGUGUUCUUCAGUGGCCUUCCCAGUCACCGGAUCUGAAUCCAAAAGAAGACCUUUGGGAUGUGGUAGAACUGGAGAUCCACAGUGUGAAAGUGCACCUGAAAGAUCUGCAGGAAUGAUGUGAUGCUAUCAUGUCAAUAUGGACCAGAAUCACAAAGAAAUGUUUCCAACAUCUUGUGAAAUCCAUGUCAUGAAGAAUUGAGGUAUUUUUUGAGCGCAAUUGGGGCAGGUAGUAGUAUAGUGUUCCUAAUAAACUGUGCAGUGAGUGUAGGUAACUAUGAAGCAUAAAGUUUGACAUGUUCUUAUUAAAAAAAUUAAUCAUUGGAAUUUGGAAAAUAAUCAGCUUUGGUAGUAUCACACUAUUACACCAUGAUCCCCCAACACAAAAAAGACAUUAUAAACCCUACUUGUGAUAUUGGAUACUUAAAAGUCGAUGAUUUUAUCGCAGAUCUGGCAACCCUGACUGUAUGGGCUGGGUAAGGAGCAACAGGCUGGAACCUACUAUAACUUUGACCACUCAACUUAUUUCAUAGCUUAGACUGCUUUAUUCUGGUGGUAACUAAAUUCUCUUGACGCGUAGAGAGGCUGAAGUCGGUUCUUUAUUAGUUGUGAUAAUGUAAGUCAGAAUAAAAGUAUUAAAAGUGUAAAUAUGAGCUAGCAGGUUUGCCGUCUGUUUUGUUGUUGUUUCAGCUAACGUUAGCUAGCGAAAGCUGCCCUGAACUCUACAGCGAAGUUGAUAGCCAGAUAACUGUGGCGUUACGAGUUAAAAACAAAACAAACAAACAAUAAAAAUGAGCGCCGUUGACGAAAUACUUUUCAGGAAGCCAUCAACAAAAUGUUUUCGCCACAUUAAUGUCUCCUACGUUCACUGAGCUAUGAUGCUCCCGAGGAAGAAAAGUAAGAACGAAGCGUCCAAACCCGCAGAGGUCCAGGGGAAGUAUGUGAAGAAGGAGACGUCUCCUCUGCUCAGGAGUUCCACGUUCACUCACCACAAACACAAGCAUUUCUACUUCAUCAUUGAGCAUCAAACUGAUCUUAUGCCCUCGUUCAUCCGUCACGGACCAACGAUCCCACGACGAGCAGAGGUGCCAUUGUCCGAAGCCCCAGCGGUACCCGGUGCCGCUGUGUACCCACUGAGUCCAGCGGCAGGGACAGACGCAGGUGGCCGGAAGAGUUUCCUGCGUAACGCAACACCUCGGUCCCAGCACGAGGUUUCUCGACGAGACAGCCACCGUCUGUCUGCGCCAACAUAUCUUCCUCGCUCGCUCCCUGACCUUCCUCAUGACUACUCCUCUUCUACCCCGUCAUUCAUCAGUGAUGGUGGCCCGAUAGCUGAGAAUGGAGAUGUGGCCCGUUACUACUAUCCCCCCGAGGCGUACUACGAGAACCAGCCCAGGCGCACACGCCGGCCCGAUCACUUCCACGACGAGUACAGGUAUUACGAGCACAGCGACCUCAAUUAUCCGCGAGGCCCUACGCAGCCUCAGACGCCCCAGCCUCACAGUCGCCCCCCUGCAGCUAUUGGACGCAUGCAGGCAAAGUCUCUAGGCAAUCUGGCGAGUUUGAGUGGAGAAGAGACGGCCCUUCCACCUGGCUGGACAGUUGAUUGGACGAUUCGAGGCAGGAAGUACUACAUCGACCACAACACGAACACCACUCAUUGGAGUCACCCGCUGGAGAGGGAGGGGCUUCCACCUGGCUGGGAGAGGGUGGAGUCUGCAGAGUUUGGAGUUUAUUAUGUCGACCACAUCAACAAACGGGCCCAAUACAGGCAUCCGUGUGCUCCCAGUGUUCCGCGCUACGACCAGCCUCCGCCCCUACCUCCACCAAUCACUUACCAGCCCCGUCCUCCAGAGAGGAAUCAGCCAGUGCUGGUGCCAGCAAACCCCUACCACACUGCCGAGAUCCCAGACUGGCUGCAGGUCUACGCCAGAGCACCUCUUAAGUAUGACCACAUCCUAAAGUGGGAGUUGUUCCAGCUGAUGGAUCUGGACACGUAUCAGGGCAUGCUGAAGCUGCUGUUCAUGAAGGAGCUGGAGCGCAUCGUUAAAUCAUAUGAAGCUUAUCGCCAGGCACUGCUCACAGAACUCGACAUGCGCAAACAACGGCAGCAGUGGUACGCCCAACAGCCAACCAAAAACUUCCCUCACAACAUGUGAACUUCAGGAGACUGACAUCCAGAAACACACAUGCCUUAAUACACACACUGCCAAGUCUUCACAUACGUCUGCCUCUGUGUGUGUGUGUGUGCCUUAGCAAUGUGUGGACUACACACACUCCGACAUAUAGCAGAUGCUCAUAGGGUGUUCUGAGACUGCACGAGAAUAAAAGUGGGAGCUGCACACUUACGAGUAGCGUUUGUAUAAUGUAAAUUUUAUUCAUUUUAUAGCCUGAAAGAUUAGGUGUGUGGCUGAAUUAAUGACCGAGUUUCCUGAAGACCUUCCAGCCAAAAUACUGUCAAAAGAUGCUACAGUGACCCUUACCCUCUCUACAGUUUAGAUGACACUACAGUGCCUUAUGGAAACUGGGACCUGGUCACUAGUGAAUCAUUUUCUUGAGCUAGAUGUCUCUCUCAGAGCGCUUUCUUUUGCUGUCUCUCUCUCUCUCUCUCUCUCUCUCUCUCUCUCUCUCUCUCUCUCUCUCAGAGCUCUUCCUGUGUUUCGAUUGUCUGAAGUGUGCUAUGACCCUGUUUGUUCUUUUCUUCCGUGGCCCGUGUGGACACUCAGCCUGUAGCACACACUCUUCUGCCUUCAUCCUAUGGACAAUGAAGCUUUUCUAUGGACUUUUCCUGACAACGACAAUCCAGCCAGCUCUAAAUGUAAAAGGUUUGUGAAUUUUUCCAAAGGAAUAUGUCUUUAUUUAAAGACUAGAUUUUGUCAGCAAAAGCAUCACAUGUGAUGCAGGGUAAGUGUGAGCUCUUUUGGCUCUUAGCUUUUUAUCUUUAUGUAUGUCUGUUCCAUCCUGCAUAAUGAAAUUAUAUAUAAACAUAUAUAAACUUAAAAACCUCUCUGUGCUGUGUAGCAGCACUAUGUUUAAGUCUUUAAUUAUUGCGUGUAUGUGAGUGAGAGAGGCUGAAUGUUGGCAUUGCUCAUGCACCAUCGUUUUGCCGCAUAUGUUCCCAAUUUUCAUACGCACAAGCACUCGCAUACGUCACAUGGCUUCAUCUCAACUUUUAAAUUCGUUGUGUGUGCAGCUGACCACUAUCUGACCUCAUAACUCUGUUAUAAACUCUCGGAUCCUGCCAACUCGAGUGUGUGUGUGUGUGUGGGGACGGGUGGAGGAUUGUGUGGGUGUGUGUUUGUGAGAGAGUAAGCAAGGACUUUCGAAGAGCAUGAUUUUGAGUGUAAUGUUUGUACAUUUGUAAACAGCAGCAACAUUUUAAGCCAGAAAGCAACACAGGAUCGGUAGCAGUAUACUUCUCGCUUGGUUUCAGUGAGUACCAAAUAACAUAUUUAAGUAAAAAUUAGGCUUGAGUAGAAGAGGCAAAUAAAAUGUGUUGUUUACAACUAAAUUGAUUUUUCAGAAGGAAUCAAUUAUAAUAUAUGUAAAGGUGAGAGUGUGCUAUUAGUUACAUAAUCAAUGACAGGAUGGUUUUUAUUAAAAAAACGUUAUCACUUACGUUAUAGCAGCUGUAUGCAGAUGUUCCCUUGCUUUCUCUUGAAGCUAAAAAGACAAAAAAAAAUGUGACCUCCUUGUAACAGAGAAAUUGCAAAACGCCGUACUAAGGACUUUGGUGGAAACCUUUAUCUCUGACUAUUACAAGGCACUGACACUGGAGACUUCUUCCAAAAAUGUUAAAUAAAUAUGUCCUCACAGAAAACUCCACCAUAUCAACAAUUAUUGAUUUUUUUUCUUGUUAAAUAACCACAUUUUUAAAAUGCAUUCAUUAUUCACCUUAGAUUACUUGGAACAUACACAAUAUAAAUCCUUGUGAAUGAGGCAUUUUUAUGUAAAUGAUAACGUAUUAGAAUAAGAGCAUUAAAAUAAACCUGUGAUAUUAUAAAAUAUUAAUCAACACCUUCUGACCAGUCAGAAUCAAGAAUUGAACAGCGCUGUGGUAUAAUGAAAUCUAACCUGAACACUGCCCUUUGUGUUCAUAUUACAAUAGCUAACCCAGUCCUACAUAGGCCGAAUGAUGAGCUGUAAAAGCCGUCGCCAGUCGAGCCUUAAAUGUGUCAUCUCUUACAGCUUGCAGAUUGGGAUGAAUGACCGAUCUGUGGUCAGUUGUGGAAAGACUUGAGUCAUUUCACUUUUUAAUCUACUCCUAACUGGGGUUGUCAGUUUGAAAUAACAAAAAUGUGCAUGUCUGUGUUUUGCAAAGAUUGAAAUCAGAAGCUGUAGCCAGGACCUGGAUGUCUGAGCUGUAGUAGAUGAGACACAAUUUGCAGCAUUUCCUGGCCCCCAGAAGGGAAACACACAGACAUACACACCGCAAACACUCGCCUUAACAGCGAAUUUAGUUUUUAAACAUGUAAUAUUUAAUUCUUUAUAAAUAGCACUGGAUUCAACAUAAAACAAGACACUUGUUACAAAAUAAAACAGUAUGAGUGUAACCCAGCCAGGAUAGUGUUCCACAGCCAUCAGUACAGAUUCUUCUUGGCUUUUUAGUGCUCUGUUUGUACGUGUGUGAAUAUUGUGUAUGUACAGAAAGAAUAGCAGACAUGUAUUAGAUUGUGUUUACAUAUAGUGAAUAAAUGGAAUUCUUAACUGUGGUGGAUCUACAGUCAGCUGGCCACGCUUCAGGCAGGAACAGCACAUGUACAGAAUGAGCUUAAGCUCAUUCAACACAACACUUAUACACUUGAGUGAACCAUGCUAUAUCGCCCUUAUACCUUCAGCAUCAACUCAA